CUAAAACUCACCGAUCGAAAGCCAGGCGAGUGGCACGCUAGCUAAUAAUUACAAGCUACCAGUAUUAAAAUAUCAUUAAUAAGCACGUCUUGCGGGUGAGUAGAUGGCCAGAAUCCUUUCGCUUCCUGCUUCUUUGAAUUAGUGAUUAAUGAGUCAGUAUUGGUUACAGCUCAUGCAUGAAUGGCAAACAAAAACACAGCAAUCACUACAAGAACAUUUACGGUCACGACAGAAUUAAGUUAACACCGUAACGAUGCCGAUCCGUUUUUGUGAUUUAUCACGCGUGGUUUUAGUGGUCUAUUAAAACCAUCUCCGAUCCUCAUAACCACGACCAAACAGUGUCCAAGGCUAGAGACAUGUGGUACUGGAUUUUAGCGUGGCUGCUUACCAUCGUCACCGUUUUUGGAAACGGAUUUGUGAUUUGUUUGAUUAUCAGAAUUCAACGCCUUCGUACGACAGCAAACUGGUCCGUUCUUUCCCUGGCAGUUGCAGACCUCCUUGUUGGACUUACGUUUUACCCUCUUCUCUUCGCCUUAAACAUUGACAGCUUAAAUGAGCCUCCUGAGCAAGCUAAGACAUUUUUCCUGGUUUCUCGAACGUUUCUUUAUUUAUCAGCCACAAAUCUGUUUGUCAUGAUAAUGGAUCGCUACAUCGCCAUAGUUCACCCGCUCAAAUAUCUCUCUUUUGUAACAACGAAACUACUAGUUGCUGCGUUGGCCACAGCAUGGAUUUUACCAGUUCUGCUCUUCACUCUUCCCUAUCGUUUAGUGUGGGGAGGAAAAUUCCUGUUGCUUUUAAGAGUAUCGAUUUUACAGGUUCUCCCAGUGGUCUUUUUUAUCUAUGUCACUGUUCAUAUAUUCUUUAUAAUGCGACGGAUUUCAAAAAGGCAAUCAAGGAUUUUUGCUCAGCUUGCGUUCAACCAUGCCCCGAAAUCCGACGACCAGACGAUGAGCUACGGCUCUCACACCGAAAGCAGGGCUGCGUCUAAGAUGACGGUAGCAAUCAUGUUCUUCUUUAUUAUUUGCUAUGUAUUAGAGAAUUGCAAGUGUUUCUGUACUGUGUACACUAUGUGCCACAUAUCCACAGCAUUCGAGCAAGCUGUUGAUCUUCUGUUUGUGAUUAAUUCAGCAGUUAACCCCGUUGCAUACGCUUUUUUGAAGAGAGACGUAAAAUCGGUUUUGCGAGGAAUGCUUGUGCCACUAAAACAACAAGUCCACAGCAUUGAAGGGACACAAACGUCUAGUUCAGAGCAACGAAAAGAGGAUUCUAGAAUUUAAAGCAUCAUUCUAACAAACAUCAUGCUACCAUUUCCUUUUAUUUUAUUGAAAGAAGUCAACUUUCCAACAGGAGUGUCUUUCCCAUGGUUUGAAUGUUCUGCGCUUCAAGCGAUUUAUUUUCCGACACAGGGGUAAUUGUUUUAAUCCCAAUUCUAAACUAUUUUCAGGAAAACAUUAUUUUAUGCGUUAGACGGUAGUCUGAGUGGGUGUUUUUCUUUCAAUUUGAACAAUACGUAUAAACUAUUAUGAGUUAAUCCCCUGAGGGCACUCACUUUAACUUGUGUUUAAAGCGUAUUUUUCUUAAUAUCCCUGGCAAUGCCUUUCAUUGGCAGAAGCUUCAAGUUUUAACUUUCAAUUUUAACAGAAGUAAAAGGCCUCAUUCGAACUUAAACAGUUACUUCAGUUCUAAAAUGUUACUGCGGAAGGACAACAUGCGACAAAAAUUAUCUCAUGUCUUGAAAUGUUUUCGAGUGAACAGCGUGAAGUAGUAUGUAGAUCUAGAGCAGUCCAGGGAAAAAUUUAUCUUCUUAAAAUAACCCACCGGCUAAAUAGAUAUGGCGCCCUAUGGUUGUUACGGUAUUACUCCCCCAGUAUGCAUCAUACUCAGUGGUCAUUAAAGCGUUUAAUAUACGAGUGGUCAUUAAAGCGUUUAAUAUACGAGUGAUAAUCACGAAAUUAUACAGAAAGUUCUAAUUUAUUUAGGAAAAGAAUUUGUUGGGCUGACGUAAGCAAUUAUCUUAUUUUGAAAAACUAAAGGCUUGUCGGUAUUAAGUGAUUAACAAUAUCGGCUUAGAUACGAGGUUGUUCGAUUGAUCGUAUUUUCGGAGUAUAUUUUCAGAAUUCAAGGAAGAAAGAUUGUUACCGCGGAUGUUGGAGGCUCCACUGGAAUACCCGCGGGGGAAUACCACGUACAUCUAAAUAUUGCUCAUCAGCCAGGGCUGUAGAUAUUGCAAUAAACGACAAACUCUUCGAUUUCUGACGUUGAUUCUAUUCACUCUAUAGUCACGAUACCGCGGUCAAGGAAUCAAUCGAACGCAUCCAGAGGCUGACCACUGACAUAUUAACGAUUAUGGUAAAAUAAUUGAUCAUGAC